AUGCGUAAUCGGUUUGGGUUGCAGGAUGCGGCGGUUGCACUGGUGACGGGUGGAGCGUCGGGUCUGGGCAAGUGCACUGUGCAGCACCUGCUCAGGCAUGGAUUCAACGUGGCCAUCAUGGACUUGCCCUCAUCGGACGGUGCUUUCCUCUCGAAGUUAUUCGGCCGCCAAUGUUCUUUUGUGCAAGCAAAUGUAAGUCCUCAUGUAUUGGGCCCCUGA